CUCCUCCACCCGGGGCAGCCGCAGCAGCGCCGCCGCCGGGCAGGAGGGCGAGUCGGGGCGGCGGAGCCAGCGGGAGAAGCGGGACGAGGGCCACGAAGGUGCCCAGGGCGCAGCGGUUAGCUCGAAGUCUUCGUCCGGAGGAGACGCUUCGCUCAGCAUUGAGGAGACAAAAGACCGGAAGCAAGGAGGACCCAGUGGCUGCGGAGGUCAUCAACCCCAUCGCGCUCAGGCAGCGGGAGGAGAUCCGGGAGAAGCUAGCAGCCGCCAAGGAGAAGCGGCUUUUAAACCAGAAACUCGGGAAAGUCAAAUCCCUGGGUGAAGAUGACCCCUGGCUGGACGACACGGCGGCCUGGAUUGAGAGAAGCCGGAAGCUGCAGUUGGAGAAAGAGAUGGCGGAGAAGAGGUUCAAGCGCAAGGGCGUCCUCUCCAAGUACGACGAAGAGAUAGAAGGGGAGAGGAAGAAGUCCUUCAAGCUGGAUGCGGUGGGAAUGGCGGACGGCUCCCGGGAACGGGAGCUGCAAAACAUCCGGGAGAGCCUGCAGAGUCGGGCCCAGUCGCUGGACCUGCCCAGCCUCCACCUGGCCUCGGAGUACUUCACCCCAGAAGAGAUGACCACUUUCAAGAAGACGAGGCGACGGGUGAAGAAGAUACGCAAGAAGGAGAAGCCGGUUAAGGCUGACGACCUGAUGCCCUUCGGCAUCGAGAGCAACGAGCGGGAUUUCGGGUCCAG